AUGGAGCCUUUGGGAGCUUUCUGUCCUCGCUCCAGGCCAUCUUGGCGACUGGUCUUGAUUGGGGUCUUCUGGCACCUAAGACAGGAGGGUCGUAGCCCUGCAAAGAAGAUGAAAAAGCCACUGGAGACGAUCAACCCUAGGCUCCCACUUGUUAUGAAAAGUAGAAAGUGUGCUCUGGGGUACAAGCAGGCCCUGAAAAUGAUCAGACAUGGCAAAGUGAAACGGAUCCUCCUUGCCAACAACUGCCCAGGCUUGAGGAAAUCUGAAAUAGAAUACUGUACCAUGUGGGCCAAAAGUGGGGUCCAUCACUACAGUGGCAAUAAAAUUGAAUUGAGCACAACAGGUGGGAGAUACUACAGAGGAUGCACACUGGUUGCUGUUGAUCCAGGUGAUUCUAAUGUCACGAGAAGCCUGCAGACUGGGGAAAGGUAAAUCACGCAAACAUUUUUCUUUACUAAAACUGGCUAGAGCUUGUUAAAAAAAAAGUGUGUGUGAGUUGGUAGUGUGGCAUAAAUAAGUAAAGCUACAACAGGUAUCAUUAGGGUCGAAACAUAGACAUAUUGGUGGCAACAAGCAUACUGAUUGAGCACACAGUUUCCGAAGCUAAACUGAAUGGCUUAAAGUCCUUCUGGGCCACAUAUUAGCUUUGUGAUCUUGGGCAAAUGGCUGGGAUAUUUUGUGUUCCCAUUUCUAACUCACUGAUCUGUUACAAAGAUUUAAAUGUAUAAAUACAUGUAAUUGUUUAGAAUGUCACCUGGCACAUGGCACUUAAUGAUGUUAGCUCUUACUACCUUGCUGAGGACGGCAUUAUGUGAAGACAGAGCUGAGAAUGCCAGAAGCAAUAGCAUUCCCAUGUCAACCAGAGAAGCUGCA